AUGGUUUACAUUCGUCAGAAGAAGUUGGAAGGUCUUCACGACUACAAAUACGCCGGAGUUGACCACUCGUUGACAUCGAAAUACGUGCUCAAGCCCUUCUACAACAAUGUGGUUAUCAAGUGCUUUCCUAUGUCUAUGGCUCCAAAUGCUAUCACCCUGUCCGGCUUUAGCUUCGUCGUCCUCAAUUUCCUGACCUUGCUUUGGUACAAUCCAAGUCUCGAUCAGGAUAUGCCACGCUGGGUGUACGCCUCCUGGUCCAUUGGACUGUUCCUUUACCAGACCUUUGACGCAGUGGAUGGCACACAAGCACGGAGAACACACCAAAGUGGACCUCUUGGAGAAUUAUUUGAUCAUGGUGUGGAUGCAUGCAACACAGUUCUAGAAGUACUUCUUUUUGCAGCCGCUAUGAACCUAGGUCAGAGCUGGUCCACCAUUUUGACCUUAUUUGGCUCGACGCUCACGUUCUACAUACAAACGUGGGAUGAGUAUUAUACAGAGACCCUUAUAUUGGGCAUCGUAUCUGGACCCGUCGAAGGAAUCUUGACACUUUGCAUUGUGUAUGCAAUUACUGCUGUGAAAGGAGGAGGCAGCUUCUGGCAACAAUCCAUGCUUGAAACCAUAGGCGUUGCGAAACAUGGAAUCAUUCCCGACUACUUUUAUGAAAUGCCCUGGAAUCAAUGGUACAUGGUAUACGGGGGUGUUGUGCUGGUUGCGAACACCGUACAAAGCAUCUUGCAUGUCAUGGAAGUACAGCGCGAACGGAAACAGUCCGUCACAAAGCCGCUUUAUGGACUUGCUCCCUUCUUCGUCGCUUCAGCCCAUGUCGCUGCGUACCUCUACCUCCAGCCGGUUAUCCUCAACCACCAUCUCAUACCCUUCGUCUUCUACGCUGGCUUGCUCAAUGCAUACUCGGUUGGCCGAAUGAUCGUGGCACAUCUGACUAAGGAUCCCGAGUUCCCCAUGCACAACGUCCUUACGUUCCCUCUGGGCCUUGCAGUCGUCGACUCGCUAGGCCCGACAUUGGGACUCUGGCCAAGUGCCUUGGGAUUCGGGACAUAUCAGAUCGCUUUUGUCUUCAUGCUGAUGGGCCUGAGUUUUGGCGUCUAUGGCAGCUUCGUUCAUGACGUUAUUACUACGAUUUGUGACUACCUCGAUAUAUGGUGUUUGACCAUCAAGCAUCCAUACAACGAGGAAGAAGAGUCAAAGAAGGGAAAAUAG